AUGCGUACAUCGACAUUCAUCAGAGCGGCCGUCGUUCUAGCCAGCAGUUACUCGGUUGAUGCCGAUGUGACGACUACUAUUGACCCAAAGUCGAAGUGGGGUACUUGGGAAGGCUGGGGAACGUCGUUGGCAUGGUGGGCCCAGCAAUUUGGCAACAGAGACGAUCUCGCGGAUAUCUUCUUUACGCUGAAGCAGACCAAGUUCAACGGCGAGACUCUUCCGGGUCUUGGCUUCAACAUCGUACGCUACAAUGCCGGCGCCUGUAGUUGGAACACCAUCGAUGGGGAGAAGAUGGUUGUGUCUCCAAAUGUAAAAAGGUCGAGGCAGAUGGAAGGCUACUGGUUGGACUGGAAGAGCAGCGACCCUGCUUCUUCUAGCUGGAAUUGGAUGACGAAGAACCACAAUCCAUCGGGAGCUGCGGACGGAAGCGAGAACAUCCAAUCGUGGAACUUGGAGCAGCAUGCAGUAUAUAUGGCGACGGUCGCAAAGCAUUUCAAGGAUAACUGGGGAGUCGAAUUCGAAACUGUCGACCCUUUCAACGAGCCGAGUGCCAACUGGUGGAAGGCCGACGGCACCCAAGAAGGAUGCCACGUGGACGUGUCCACCCAAGCCAAGAUCGUCGGUUAUCUCGACACACAACUCUCAAAUCGCGGGCUCUCAACAAAGAUCGCCGCCUCAGAUGAGUCGUACUACGAUCAAGCUGCCACCACGUUGAAGACAAUCGGCAGUAGCGCACUCGCCAAGAUCAACCGGAUAAACGUCCAUGGAUACCAAUACGGCAGCGGCGACCGCGCUGGUGUUCGCACACUGGCUACACAGGCCGGAAAAGCUCUCUGGAACAGCGAAUACGGUGAUGGCGUGGCUUCUGGCGAGAACUUCGCCAAGUACCUCUUCCAGGAUCUUCGCCAGCUGAAGCCUACGGCGUGGGAGUACUGGCAAGUCCUCGAUCAGGGAGGCUGGGGUCUCAUCGAUGCGGAUAAUGAUGCGAAAACGCUGGGUACAUCGACACAAAAGUACUACGUGCUUGCGCAGUUCGCCCGGCACAUGCGCCCGGGUAUGAAAAUCCUCGAUGGUGGUCGAGACAACGUCGUCGCUGCCUACGAUGCUAGCAAGUCGAUGUUGGUCAUCGUUGCCGUGAACUGGGACGCUGCACAGUAUAUAAACUUUGAGCUGUCGGGGUUUUCGGGGCGUCCUUCAUCCGGCGCAACUGUCUCGAGGUGGAGCACCCAGAUCGGGAGCGGCGAUCGUUACGUGCAGCAUCUCGAUACCACGAUCAGUGGCACAAAGUUCUGGUCGAAGUUCGAGAAGAACAUGGUGCAGACUUUCGAAGUAACGGGGAUCAAGUUGUAG